AUGGCGUACUGCCAAGAACCUGCCACCGAGUCCAGCUCCGGCCAUCCCAAUCAUAGGCCAUCUUCACCUCAUCAAACAGCCUCUCCAUCGCACUCUUCACAAAUUCUCCCAAAUAUGUGGCCCUGUUUUCUCCCUCCGAUUCGGGUCUCGCCUCGUCGUCGUAGUCUCUUCCCUGUUUUAGCAGAGGAAUGCUUCACUAAGAACGACGUUGUCUUAGCCAACCGCCCCAAGAACACCCUGGGGAAGUACAUCGGGUACAACUAUUCCAGCAUGGUUGCUGCUCCCUACGGUGAUCACUGGCGAAACCUCCGAAAACUCGGUGCCAAUGAGAUCUUCUCCCCUCAUCGUCUCAACAUGUUUUUGUCCAUCAGGGCUGACGAAAUCAGGCGUUUGCUGAGCAGUUUAUAUGCGAAAUCGGUUAACGGUUUCGCCAGAGUGGAAAUGCAAUCAAAGCUGGCGGAGCUGAGCUUCAAUGUGAUCAUGAGGAUGAUGACUGGGAAGAGGUAUUUCGGGUUAGAGGAAGAUAAUGUGGAGGCAGAGAGAUUCCGGGGACUUAUCCGAGAGGUUUUUAAGUACGGCGGUGUUUCCAAUCCUGCUGAAUUUAUUCCCCUGUUGAAGUUGAUAGACUACAAGAAUUUUGAAAAGGCCGUCAAGAAUUUAAGUAAAGAGAUGGAUUUAUUCUUGCAAGGAUUAAUCGACGAACAUCGGGUUGACCGCAACAGCAAUAGUACUAUGAUUGAUCAUCUGUUGACAUUGCAAGAAUCCCACCCGGAUUACUACACUGAUGAACUGAUCAAAUCAACUAUAAUGGUUCUGUUGUUAGCUGGAACAGAUACAUCUUCUGUGACAGUGGAAUGGGCAUUAUCCGCUUUGCUCAACAAUCCUGAAGUUUUGAAAAGGCCAGAGCUGAAAUCGACUAUGUCGUGGGCAAAAACCGGGUGCUUGAAGAAUCAGAUUUGUCGAAACUGCCUUAUUUGCACAAUGUUAUCCAGGAGACGUUCCGUUUGUUCCCACCAGCGCCACUGUUAG